GCCAUUUUUUUUGUUGGGGCCAUCUGGCAACCCUGCUAGUACAUGCUUGUGGCAGCGGGUUUUUUCGGUUUCGAGAAUGCCUACUUGCACUGUAUCUUUAUUCCUGGCAUUGUCUCUAGUUUUAAGCGCUGCUCAUGGAACUAUAUCUCCAUCGGACAAAAAGAAAUCAUCUAAGACCGUAGAACCGUUAGACCCCGGUUCUGAAGACGUUUUCGAGCGUGAUUUAGUGAAGGAGGCUUUCAAAGUCAGCGAUGUGUUGAAGCAUCACCGCUCCUACUGCAACACGAAAACGAAAGCUAGGCGGUUCGCGGGUUCAGUACUUGGCUACGUUACGCCUUGGAACAACCGUGGUUACGACAUCGCUAAAAUAUUCGGCUCCAAGUUCAGCUAUGUUUCUCCAGUUUGGCUGCAGCUCGAGCUUUCGCAAGAGACGUCGACAGGCUUUGCGGUCGCCGGACAGCAUGACGUUGACGUCGGCUGGAUUCAAGACGUAAAAUCUGCUGGAGAAGCAGUGAAGAUGGUUCCUCGAAUUUUGUUCGAAAAGUGGACGCCCCAACUACUCACGAAAGUAGCCGCAUCAAAGAAGAAGAUGAGUGCGAUGGCAAAGACAUUGGUGGAUGUAGCCGAAAAGAGUGGCUUUGAUGGAUACGUCCUGGAAUUGUGGUCACAGUUCGGUGGACACAUGACCGCUGAAAUGACAAAGCUUAUUCAGCAUUUGGCCAAGGAGCUGCAGGCUGAAAAUUUGCAUCUGAUUCUUGUCAUUCCCCCUGCAGUGUACCAAGGGGACAUACCAGGGAUGUUCACGAAGAAGGACUUUGACAACUUAGUGAGCCAUGUGACUGCAUUUAGCCUGAUGACCUAUGACUACUCUAGCCCACAAAGACCUGGGCCGACAAGUCCUAUCAAAUGGGUACGCAAGUGCGUGGAGCUGCUGGUUCCGGAAAAAGAUGUUCAGCGUGCAAAGAUACUUCUCGGCCUCAACUUUUAUGGUUACUCAUACACAAGUGUUGGUGGUGGACCAAUCCUAGGAAGCCAGCUAAUUCAAGAGCUUUCGAAAAGCAAGAAGCAAGUGAUAAACUGGGACGAUGAAGCCUCGGAGCACUACUUUGAGUACAAGUUGCAAGAUGGGAAGCGAACAGUCUUCUACCCUACCCUUCACUCGAUCAAUGAGCGAGUGAAGCUAGCUGAAUCUCUUGGCACUGGUCUGGCCAUUUGGGAGCUUGGCCAGGGCUUGGACUACUUCUACGACCUUCUUUAAGUGGGUUGGCUCUUCAGCCUGUAAUGCAUCUGCCUGUGUGACUUGGGUAUACGACUACAUUGCCUUGGUAGAUAGUCCAUCAUGUCAUCAUCUCUCAGCUGGACUCUCACUGCCUAUUUUAUGCACUUUUCUGCAAGAACCAAGAUUCUGUUUUUGUUGUACAUUGUACAUCUUGUUACCUAUUAUAAAAUUACUUACUAUCUUGUU